CCCUCUUCUGUCCGAAAAGCUUCGCUACGUGAAUCGCGAUUCACCAACUCACAGACCCCGCCCAGCAACAACAAAAACAUCGGAUCUCAUCGCUGCAUCUUUCACCGUUCCAUACAUUCACAUUGCGAUCGCACAAGGCUGAAUGCUCCUGACAUCUCUCCGUACUCCCACUCUCUCUUCUACACUUCAUCGUCACCUCCUCCCUCAUCGUACCAUGUCUGCCCAAGCUUACACUCUGGAACGCAGCGUAGCGCUGAGCGCCGUCACCCGCGCUUCUUCCCUCACUUCGCGCGUAUUCGCAUCCUUGGUGUCCAAGUCCGACCCCUCCUCGGCCUCCGUGACGAAAUCCGAUGCUUCUCCAGUCACAGUCGGAGAUUACGCAGCUCAAGCAGUGGUGAACAUUGUGCUCGGGGCUUAUUUCCCGGAUGAUCCCAUUGUUGGCGAAGAGGAUGCAGCGCAUCUGAGGAAACCCGAGAGCGAGACGCUCAAGAGGCAAGUGGUGCAGCUCGUCAAUGAGGCCUUGGCGCUCGAGGAGAAGGAGGUCGUCGCGCAGAAGAAGAGUUGGGGGGAUGGACCGGUGUCGGAUGAACAGGUUCUGGCUGCUUUGGACCGCGGAAACCACCAAGGAGGCAACAAGGGCCGCAUGUGGGCGCUGGACCCCAUCGACGGCACCAAAGGUUUCCUGCGAGGCGGGCAGUAUGCCGUUUGUCUAGGAUUUUUGGUGGAUGGAGAGGUUCAAGUUGGCGUGAUGGGCUGUCCCAACCUGCCACUGGAUCCCAAGGAUGGUCUGCCAAAGGAAGGAGAUGCAGCGUCUAAUUCGCGUUCGGAUCUCGGUGUAGCAUUCAUUGCUGUUCGCGGACAAGGGGCUUCUCAAAGAUCUCUAUCCUCAUCUGGCAAGGAACAAUCCAUCUCGAUGAGACAAUUAACCAGCAGCGGUCUCGAGGACGCGUCUUUUUGCGAAUCCGUAGAGGCAGGCCAUUCGUCGCACGGCACCAACAAGCGGAUAGCAGAACUGCUGGGCAUCACGAAGGAGUCGGUCAGGAUGGAUUCGCAGGCCAAGUAUGCCAGCGUAUCUCGAGGCGAUGGGGACAUUUACCUCAGAUUGCCCGUGGGCGACGGUAGCUACCAGGAAAAGAUUUGGGACCACGCGUCAGGCUCAUUGUUGGUGCACGAAGCAGGGGGCAUCGUUUCCGAUUGCAGAGGCAAACCCUUGGAAUUUGGGCAGGGCAGAACUUUGAAGUUGAACAGGGGCGUCAUUGCUGCGCCAAAGGGAGUGCAUGCGGAGGUGAUUCGAGCGGUCGGUAAAGCGCUGGAGGAGGAAGGCCGAGGUCACUUGUAGAUUGCGAAAAGGAUGCCAAGCCUCUACAGAAGCCCUACGGUGACAAGCAGGCUCAAAAUGGCAAUGCAAUACGAUCAAGUGAGGAAGAGAGCUCGAGUGAGGAUUCAGAACAUGUCAUGAAGCGUGUGCGUGGACUGUCAUGGACUGCCAGAAGCUCUGCGCUUUGCCCGCACUCGUCCUGGAAUUCAGCCGGUCGUAUAUGGACAGCGACGAGUCGCAAAGGCGGUGCCGUGUGGACCGCGCGGUGUGAUUCUAACGCAACAGCAUCUGUACCAAUUUCGAGCGUUGAAGAGCGCUCUCCACAGAGGCGCAUACCUGAACUCCUGCUUGUGCUGCGGUCAGGAGUGGAUGAUGCUGGCUACACGAGGAAUGCAUACAUGC